AUAUUUGCGUGCAGACCAGUAUGUGCUGAUCGGCAGGACAAAGGCCAGCAAGGCCGGCUGGCCAGUCUCUGGAUAUAUUGUGGCCUUGAGAGUUUAGACGAUUUCGCAAGGAGAAGUGGGCAGACAUACGCGCGGCUGCUCUUCGGUAUGUUUGUAGAAUGGAGAAACGCAAAUCGUCGCCGCGGAUCGCCGCUGUGUAUGCCGACAAGAGUGGUGAUGUCCCUGGCCCAAGAGACAAAGGUUUCUGCUCAGCUGCAGCUCAAGCCAUGCGUGCUCUCCCCGUCCCGAUGCAUGCGCUUGCACGACCCUUGAAAGGGGUAAAAAUAGAACCGCCAUGUCCCUUUUAAUUCGCACUGAAUGCGAACAUUGGUUCCUUCCAAAUGCUGCCGCGGCGGGUGCUCGAUGUGCAUGCCUAUUGCGUACCCGAUGCCUGCGCGUGUGAAAUCGCUGAUUCGUCGGUCCAUCGCACUGUGGGUGGAGAAGGAUGGCGGCUGCGAUUUCUGUUCUGUGUUCUUUGGCUGUGGUGGGCUUUGUAGACACAAGGGGGAAUCCCACUGGCUGGCGCCCUGACUGCUUGCUGUUGGCACGGCUUUCUCCGAUCCUCGCCCCUCGCUAAUCGGGUUUCAAGCGUGUUUGCUGUCCGUCAAUGACAUAAUUCGCUGAUCUCUUGGCCAAGCCAGACCCAAUGGCCGAAACUGGAGCCACACUGA